AUGCUCGGUGCAGGCACGUGGUUUAUCGGAUUUGGAAUACCCGCGGUGCUCGCUGGGGGUUUUGUCGCGUCUCGUAAACGUCUGGCAUAUCAAUGGCGUGAAGAACUGAUGGACCCCGAUGGGGGCGCCUACCCGCCCCUCACGGAUGCGGAUAUGGAAUUUAUCCGCCACGUCACUCCUCCCGAGUGGCCGUUACCGGAGGGACAGUUACCAACAGCUAAGAAAGUUACGGGAUUAUUUGUCUCCCCUGAUGUAUUAUCGGGUGAUGAGGGUGGCGCAUUGCUGGACGAAGUGAAACGUUGGAUUGCAUUGUAUGGACAAAAGGUGGACCUUCGAAAGGUUGCGUUUGCCGAAUCCCAGGCUCAGUCAGAAGGAGUAGAUAUCGGUUUUUACAGUGAUAUUGCAAUUAUUUCGGAUCAUGCAGAAGACAUUCAGUUGAUGAAGGCACCAUGGGAAACAGGAGAUCGCAUUAAGCAUCAUAAAAUGCCUUCCUCACUGCGGUACAUGGUAAACAAGAUGCAGAGGAAAUUUGAGGGGUUAGGUCGUCUUCGUCACGUUUAUGUCGAGUAUUCGCCCAGCGGGAGGUUUUACCACGAACCAAAACCAACGAAGGCCUUUGAUGGUCACGAUUAUGUUGUCAUUCCUCUACGACGGGAUCAAAAUGCCACCGUAGUAACAUUUGCGCCACUGUUGCGCUCACGAUGUUCAUUUGUGAAAGAGGUGCUGAUGCGAUCUUGGACGUCACAUGAUGUGGACGUUAUUAUACCCCCGGGCAGUGCCCUUCGGGUAUAUGGGUCAGCACGGUAUGAAUGGGGCUGGGGCAUACGUCCUGGAAACGUUUGGUUCGGUAACUAUCGGAAUUCAAUUCGCCACAUCGAUGCCAUUCGAACUCCAUUUUAUCUGCAUAAUAUAUUGUCGUCAAUGGCGUGCCGUAUUUUACGACCCGCACCGUCUGUCAAGGAAAGUGAUGCGGCGCUCGUGGUGCUGCACUUUGACGGCCCUCGUGACUUUGACAAACCACGCUCACUACUGCUUCAACCAGAAUCCUUGAUAUUUGGUCGCCCGCCGACGGUGGAGACGUAUGAAAAGUGGGUGGAGGAAAAGCCUACAACAGAGUCAGUGCGUAACGAGGGCGUUUUCCUUUUCAUGGUGAAAAAUUACGUGGAGAUGCUGAGAGUAACGUAA